UAUCAUCUUGUAAAUGACAAUCCAAUCUUUAUCAAUAAAUUAGAAAUUUCAUCAAAAAAAGUCCUAACGAAAUCAUAAAAUGUGCAAUAAUUAUUUUUAUUCCACAUCAUAAUCCACAUCAUAAUCCGUACCUAUAUUUUUAUUCUUAGCCUGUUUAAAACAAAUUGUGAAGACUGUUACAGAUUACUAGAUAAUAUAUUUUCCUUUUUCUUCUUCGGCCUCACCAUCGUGGGAAUGUUUCAAAUGUCGUCACCAUUAAUCCCAACAUUAAUAACAAGGUGACGUUUCAUUCUCCCAACUGCUACGUCAAAAGAAAUGCGACUCUUAUCGAUCAAGAAAAAAUCAAAGUCUUAACAUUAUUUUAUCUAGACUUUUUAUUGUUAUAAAACAAUGGUUUGAAAGACCAAUAUUGAGAUUAGGGCUUUCGUAUUGUUUUAUUUCCGAACUUCACUCUUCAACCUCUGCCUCACGUAAUUAAUAAUUCGAUCUAUUAUAUAGUAUCAGUGAUUUGCUUCAAUAAAUCUGUAAUAUGUUCCCAUUGUAGAUAUUUUGUUUUCUUCAAUUAUGAUAAACAACCCCAAUUACCUAUUUAAUAAAAAAGAUUUACAUAAUUUAGUAAUGACUUUAAAAAGAACCUUUCAUAUAAAAUUACAGCUUGAUUUUUUUAAACUGUAGAUUAAGGUUGAUCUUGCAUAAAUUCGUAAUUCAACUCUUUUAAUUGAGGUCCCAGAUUUUUUUUCCAAAAAAUGGUAUUCUAACAAAUAAUUCAGGCUAAACUCGGAUCAGGCAGUGUAUACGUUUCCGGGCUAGUCCACUAUUUAGUACUAAGUGCGUUGUUCUUGAGUUCGACCAAAUUAGUCGAUAUGGCUUAUAAAAAAAAUCAGACAAAACAAAAAUUAUUUGUUUUAAACAUAAAUAUUUGCAUUAGUAUUUUGUCCACUAAUUAAAAAAAAUCGAUACAUCAACAACUCCAAGGUUUUGUUUGUUUAGAAAAAUGCUUACGAUAAUUUAUUUAAUAACGUUUUGUAUAUAUAACUAGACUUUACCAUAUGUUUUUUUCAACAAAAGGCUACUCUAGCCUAAGAAGAUUCCGAGUCCGCUAGCUAUGACAGCGGAACUGAGUCAACAUUAAUCAUAGCCGAUGACAGACUUCUAGAAGCACAUGCUAACUAGUUAGCCAUUGUGUUUUUUGUCCUUAGAAUGUGUGGGAUUGUAAAAUUUGGGAAAAAACGCUUACAUGGGAAAAACUACUCCAUAUAUGUAGUGAAAGUCGGCCAUUCUGUUGGUGUAGACACCAUCUUCACCAGUUGAGAACAGUCUGUUGCAAACACCACUCUGAAAACUGUAGAGUUUUCAUACACUUCAUUGCUUAAAUCAACGCUUCACAUUCGGCAUGUAAAAGCGAUAGACUUCUACGGUGGCUCUCAUCAAUAUGUUUUUAAUAAUAUUAAUAUGAAAACCCUAUUAGUUAGUAUAUAUAAAGCUCAUUAGUUUGCGUAGAAUGUGGUUUAUAAGCUUUUAUAACCAGAAUAUGUAAGACCAAAAACCAGACUAAUUUCCAGAGAACUUGUAUGUGAUUUAUCUUUUCGCAAAUAUAAUUUAAACAGAAGGUCAUGUUCUUAUGCCGUCCAACAAAAUUAUUCAUAUAUUAUAAGCGUAAGAGCUGAGGCGCAUGAACUAUUAGCUUUAUCUCCUCCCGAAAGGUUAAUCAAUGACUCCCUCUCUCCACGUCUACAUAAACCCUCUUUUUCAUUUGGCCUUCCACUCAUAUGCAAACAAACAUAUAUAAAUAUAAAAUGAAGCCACAAAAGUAUUGCAUUACAACAUAACCCUAACACAGUUGUAUGUCGACUUAGUCUCUCAUCUUCCCCGAGAAAGAGAGAGACAAAAAACGACUUUUAUUGGCCUAUACAUAUUUCGGAUAUACCUUUUGCCGGUCCUCAUACGUGCAUUAUCGAUAUAUAUCAAUAAGCUGCAAACACAAAAUAUGGGAUUAAUGGAGGCAAGAUGGGAAAACAUAGUUCCAUUUAUAGCUAUGGCGUUGAUGGAGGCAUGUACCAUUGCACUCACCAUCUUGGCUAAGACAGCAUUAACCGGUGGCAUGAGCCCUUUUGUGUUCAUCGUCUAUACCAAUGCUCUUGGCUCUCUCCUUCUCCUCCCUUACUCGUUCUUCUUCCAUAGAGAUGAAAGGGACGACGAACCGUUCCUCACGAAGCCUUCCGUUGUUCGAAUCUUCCUACUCGGGUUUACAGGGGUGUUUCUGUACCAAAACUUGGCAUUUUUGGGGCUAAGUUAUAGCUCUCCAAUUGUGGUAUGUGCUAUGGGCUUGCAAUCACCUGCUUUCUCCUUUUUGCUCUCUAUUGCUCUUGGGGAAGGAGGGUUAGGGUGGGAAUGUAAGAGAACAAGAGGAAGAGUGAUAGGCACGUUGAUAUGCUUCACAGGAGCCUUUGUAGAAGUUAUUUACUUAGGCCCUUUUAUUAGACCUUCUCCUUCUUCUUGUCCAAACUCCAAUUUCCUCACUACAAUCUCACACUACUUGACUUUCUUCAAGAACUCUGACAAUUGGGCUCUUGGCUCACUCUUUCUAGCAUGUGCCACACUCUCUAUCUCCAUCUGGAAUAUCAUACAGUUGGACACCGUCCAGAAAUAUCCUCAAGUGAUGAAAGUAGUGUCUGCCUAUAGCUUAGCUGGGACACUACAAUGUGCAAUCUUCUCAGCGUUCAUGGAACCAGACUUAAGUGCAUGGAAACUCGAACUUAACAUGGAUUUCUAUCUUAUUAUUGCCACGGGUAUAUUUGGGAGCAUAAUAAGAACAAGUGUUCAAGUGAAGUGUUCAAAAAUGAAAGGGCCUUAUUAUGUGCCAUUAUUUAAGCCAUUUGGGAUCCUUUGGGCUUCAAUUUUCGGCACAAGCUUCUUUGUCAAUAGUCUUCACUAUGGAAGUGUGUUAGGAGCGGCAAUAGCAGGAACCGGAUAUCUAUUGAUAAUGUGGAGUCAAGUUCAAAGAGAUGUUCAGAAGGAUAUGGUGGAGGAAAAAGCUAAUCAUCAGUUGGAUUCAGAUGAUCAGAUAACGCCACUUUUGCUCGGAAAUGAUGAUGUCGAUCAAGUUUAAUCCAAAAGGAUUGUUUGCAGAUUAGUUAUAAUGUGUGUGUAUAUUAAAUAUGAAGUAAAUCGAAAGAAUAAACAAAAAAAAAAGCAUACCGUGAAAGAACAGAUAUAUAUUAUUAUAUAUUGAACUCUUGUUGUAGUUCUUUCUUUAUUUGCAAGGAAUGUAUCAAGAAGUCUAUAUAUUUUAAGGGGAUUAUGAGUUAUACUUUUGAUUUUUUUUUUUUUUGGUGGCAACCUCGAGUGUGGAGGACUAGUGAAUAUAUGUCAGUAAGCUGAAACCACUUAAAGGUACAUCAAUUUGGGUCUCACAAUAGUCUACUCCGAAAAUUGGUUCAUGAUCUAUCCUGGUUACAAAAGAAAAUAAAUCAUUUACUUUCCUUGAGGCCAAAAACCUAAUUCAUCUCCUUUUUUUUUAAGAACACUUUGUAAACUUUAUAAUUUUAUAAUUUGUAAGCAUUUUCUUCAUAGAUUCUUGUGUUUAUUGUGAUUAUCUUUCAAUCUACAGUGUUUAUUCUAAACUUAACAUGUGUUUAAUGAUUUAUACGGUGAUUAGCAAGUAAUCGCUUGUUAGAUUCAUGGGUAAGGUAAAUUAGGCUGAUUUAGUAAAGAUUUAAGAUGAUUAGUGCUUA